GAGGUGACAUUUCGCAACGUUUUCCCGUAUCUUUCGUUCUCGUCUCUCUCUGCGUCGCUCUCGCUCACUCGCAAAGCCUUAGUCUCUCUCUCUCUCUCUCUGUCUCGGCGUGUCCCUUCGCCUCCCUCCAAAGUUCUCACCUUUUGUCUCCUCCGCCUCUGAAGCUCACUGCUGGACGACACAACCAAUCUCUCUCCCCUUUGUCUUUUCGAAAUCGCGACCACAUCCCUCAAUUUCCCUCGACAACCCUCUGCCCAGUCGCUCCUCGAAACCCUCUGUAAUCGCUGCUCGCGGAGACCCUUCUUGGAUUCGCUCGCUCUCCUUCGCAACCUGCGAUGAGCUCGGAAUUCGGAGGCAUGCCCACGAUGCGGUCCUAGGUUCUCCUCCCGCUUGUUGGGACGAAACCCAUGUCGGUAAUUUCUCCAAACCCUAGGUCUUUCCCCUCCCUCGGUAGCAGUUUUCGCGUACCCUUUCUUGUCGGGGGGAAAUCGAAAUCCAUGUAGGUACCAUACGGGGUGAAUCUGUCGAGAACCUCCUGAUUUGUGUUCGCCCCCUUCGGAAUGGACCCGAGUGGGGGGCACGACGUGCUUGAUAUCAGCUCCGACGAGGAAGGGUUGAUCUCGGACGUGCCGAAAGGCAGUGGUAGUGAGAGUUACGAUUGGCUUGAAGAGCUCCUUGGAGGAGAUGAUCUGAUACCUGGUGAUUCGGAUGAAGUAGUCGUGGUGAAGGAGGUCAAUGCAAAGUCAAUGUCGAACAAGUUGGUGAUGGAUGAUGAUGAUGAUGAUGAUUGCGUAGUGUUGGAUGGAGAUCCCGAGAAGUCCGUUUCUGCUUCGGAUGAUGCAGUGGACGGAGGUUCAGAUGAUCUGGUCAUUUUUGGAGAGAAGGGGCAGGUUGCAUGUAGAGACUAUCCUCAUCCAAGGCAUGAUUGCGCUCUAUUUCCUUUCAGCUCAACCUUGCAUGAGAAGCACUGUAACUUGUGCCAUUGUUACGUAUGCGAUUCACCUGCACCAUGCGCUUACUGGGGAAAAGGCUUGACAGAAGCUGACCAUUGUCAUGCCAAUGACAAACGGGAGAAAUGGAAAGUCUGUAGAAAGGACUUUAGGCAGGGUAAAAUUACUCCAAUUCCCGUUUUGAGUUGUCUUCCUGACCCUGUCUCUACGGUGCUUGCACAACCUACUCAAGCUCUGCCUCCUAUAAACACCGAACUGCCAACCAACUCUCCACCACAAAAUCUUGUGUCAAGGCCAGUGAUUUUUCAGCCAUGUUCAUCCCCAACUAGAUCAAGUUUUUCAAGUGCUAUACAAAAUGGCAGGAGGCCCUAUCCGGGGCAUGUCUCCAGAAGCAGAUUCCAGCCACUCUCGUCAUCAGAACAGUUGCAUCGGGUAGAUCCUGUCAUUCAGAAGGAUAGAAGGCAUAGAGAUAGUUACUUGGGGUCUCAACAUGUUUCACCCGUUACGUCACAUAAGAGGACAGGGACUGUCAGUAGUUCUCUGGCAGUAGGCCGAGCUGCAUAUGGUCCAAACAACAUCAGUUACCCGUCUUAUUUUCCGUCUUCGACAAAUUCAAUCCACAACACUAUAGUUAAUAGAAAUCAUAUCAGAAGGCAGAAUAUUCCUUCCAGUUUGAAUCUAGUAUCUUCUACUAAUUUGAGCAGCUGUUCACCCAACUUAAUUGGUGUUUCUUCAAGUAUGACUCCUCCUCAAGGCAGCAGUGGUGGUCAGGGUAGUAAUCAAUCACUCAGUGGGCAAAACAUCCAUCAGCAUCACAGCCAACCUAGCACAUUUCCAAAUUUCUCAGAUAGCCUCAGUUGGAUUAACGAGUUCCUAGAAGCAGAUGACAAGCCUCUUGCUCCACCUGCAGUUGGGAGCAUUCAUGUUCCGAGUACAGAGCCUGCCCAUGAGGCACAGCCUGCAAGAGAGUUUAAUACCACAGUCACUGGAAGUUUCGACAUCGGUGCAGCAGGUGUCGGCUUUGAGAAUUGGUGGUUGGAGAACCCACCCCCGGAGAAUAAUUUUUCCCCUGUGCCUACAGCCGUAGAUGCUGGUAUGCUCUUGUUUGAUUUCGAGACCUCCUGGAAUAGUGUCACGCAAUCAUAAGUGGUCACCCCCUCAAAUUUUUUGGGAAGGGAAGCAAGGCCGGCUAAAGUAGUUGCUAUUUUACAGUAGUAGGUACAUCAGCUCGGUUUUCUUUUUACCUUCCCUCUGCUGGUUGACAUGCCCUUUUAGUGAUUUUAGGAAAGGUUGGUUUCUUAGGAAUGUUGCAAUUGUAUAGGAUGCUCUGAGGUCUACGUACUUUGUAAAUAAGCCUGCAGUUCUCCCCCUGUACAUAGGGGUUCGUGUUUAACGUUAACGUAAUUCUCGGAGGAUCGGCUGCUGGUGUUGCUGCUUUCGCACGCAACUUACGUGCAAUUUCCUGCUGCUUUUAGUGCUUGAACGUUGUGCCGGCCUGUAUUUGCCGUUGUCAUUUCUUUCUUCUGAAGAAAGUGCAGAUGCGCAUGAAGGCGUUAGACCUGGUGGCUUUGGCUUAGGCGCUGGGAUCAAUCUUGCGCAUCAUCUUGGCGGUUGGGUUAGUUUGAGGCAAUGGCAUGGCUGCAUUUAAGAUUGUGGGUUGGAAUGUGAUGUUUCCAUCAAGUCCCGUGGCGACCGUAAAUUUUUAUCAUCUGGGGGCGCACAGGGUUAUGAUCCGAAAGAGGGCACUCGUUGGGAAAUAAGCCGCGGAUGUGGUGCGGUGUCUAGAGGCUCUGUUUACAGAUUGGUUGCUCUGUCGUGUGAUUGCGAGUUUCCAUUUCCACAAGUCCAGACUCAAACCGUUCGUGGUGUCAUUGAAGCGAUUUGUCCCCCAAAAUCUUGACCCAACCAAGCUGUUCUGGUCUGGGCAAGAUGAGGUGCUGUCGGUCCAAUUGAAGUGAGAAGCAAAGCCUGAUUAGGGCGACUCACAUCGGUUCAGGCCAAACAACAGCUACAAUUAAAUACGACAUUACAUGUAAAUGCCCCAUACGGCGUACUAAGGUUAUGUUCCAAAUUUACAUCUAUGUACGUUCAAAUCGAGAUUACACGGAACUACC